AUGAUUGCAAGGAGAUGUUUAACCUAUUAUAACACUUAUACUUCAAAUAGUAGUUUAACAUUGUUAACUAGGAUACAAACAACAAAUAAUAAUAAUGACUUGACGAGUAAUAAUUGGAGUGCGUCAUUAUUACCCUCAUCAUCUUCAUCAUCAUAUAGAAUAAGAGGUUACUCAUCAACAAACAACAAUAAUAAUAAUAAUAAUAAUAAUAAUAAUAAUAAUAACAAGAAUAUAGUAGUAGUAGAAGACCAAAAGAAGAAGGAAUUAGAUGAACAACAAGAAGAAUAUUAUAAAGAAUUAUUUGAUAACAAAUUACCAGAACAAGAAGAAGAAUAUUAUGAAAUGAUCAAGACUAACAAAAAGGGUGUUGAGCCAAGUAUGAGAGAUAGGAUUGCCAACAAACUAAUGCUGCAAGAUAUUGAAGAGAUUUCAUUGAAUCCACUUAGUCGGAUCAAUUUGGAUGGUGAAGUAGAAGAGAUCGUAUCACUCAAAGCCGACUAUAACAUACAAUGGCCUGCACACACCAAAAUGUUGUUGACAUCCUACUCUCCGAUACUCGAUAUUGUGUAUCCGUGGGGCUUACUAAACUACCUGUCAUUACCACUCGUCCAACUACAAAGCUUCUUCAAUCAAUCCUUUACCAUCCCCAAUCACAAGAGGAAAUAUGCCAAUCAACUAUUCAGAGGUGAUCUACUCGAUGAAACCAAAACAAUCAAUCAAAAGAUGUUAGUGGACACUGCCAAUCUAUUCCGUCAAUUCUUUUUAGACCUCAAUGCACGUGACCUCGCCACUCUAAGGUCAACAUCCUCUAUUCCACUCUUUAGAUCGACACUUGUUCCAAUGGUAUCUAAAUUUCAAAAGUUUCAACAUCUCUACACCAAUCAAAUUGAUCCUGCCGAUGCAUCAGGUGUUCAUUAUUAUUUCAACAUGGAAGAUAUCAUUCAUCAAUAUUGUACAAAAUUAAUCUAUCGUCCUGAACAAAAAAAGGUUUAUCUUUCUGUUCAUUUUAUUUUUAAUGUAGAGAAUACAAAAAGAUUUAUAGCAGGAACUAUAUUUGUUAGUGAAUUACCAGAAUCUGGAGAUUAUAAAGAUUGUAAAUGGAAAUUACAUUUUCUAUGUCCUUCAUCAACUGUUUUAAUGGCAAUUGAAAAUACUAUCCCUCUAUAA